UUUUAUAUAUUGGGCAGUGUGUCAGGAACUGUUUUUUUUGGCAGCAUAUGUCAACACUUUGCGCCUCACAACAUGUGGAUCGCUGUCAUCGUAAUUUCGUUGGCUUUAGUAGCCAUUCUCUAUAAAUAUGUUUUGGGAACUCCAGGAAGGAACCCUUUUGCUAUCGACACGCGCGAGCCGCUGAAACCCAUGGUGUUUGACAGAAAGCUGAAGAACAAAGUCCUGAAACAAGGCUUUCUGGCCAGUAAGAUCCCUCAGGACUUGGAUGCAAUAGUGGUUGGCAGUGGGAUUGGUGGAUUGGCAAUUGCUGUCCUGUUGGCUAAAGUGGGUAAGAAGGUUCUGGUUCUAGAGCAACAUGACCGGGCUGGAGGAUGCUGUCACACCUUCUCAGAACAAGGCUUUGAGUUUGAUGUUGGUAUCCACUAUAUUGGGGAACUACUGGAUCACAAGCCAUUUCGCUGUGUGGUUGACCAGUUGACCAAUGGACAGCUGCAAUGGGACCCGCUGGAGAACCCCUUUGACAAAGUGGUCCUGGGUCCACCAGAAAACCGCCGCAUAUACCCCAUCUACAGUGGACGAAAACGCUACAUUGAUGAACUGAAGAAGUGCUUCCCAGGGGAGGAAAAGGCCAUUGAUGAAUAUGUGAGACUUUCUAAGAAAGUUGCAAAUGGCAUAUGGUUCAUGGUCCUGCUGAAGCUCCUCCCGACUCCUCUCGCAAAAUUCCUGGUGCACAUAGGCCUGGCCAGUCGCCUUUCUCCAUUCUUCCGCUAUGCGUCCCGCAGCCUGACAGAUGUGGUGAGUGAGCUCACACAGAAUAAGGAUCUGAGAGCUGUGAUGUCCUACAUCUUUGGGACCUAUGGUAAAAUGCCCAAAGAUGCAAGCUUUUCCAUGCACAGCUUGCUUUUGUGCCACUAUUUGAAUGGUGCCUGGUACCCAAAAGGUGGUGCUAGUGAGAUCGCCUACCACAUGAUCCCCAUCAUUGAGAAGGCAGGGGGUGCAGUACUUGUUAGAGCACCUGUCAACCGCAUACUCCUCAAUGACGCGAAAGAGGCUAUUGGUGUGAGUGUCCUGAAGGGGCAGGAGGAGGUGCAUGUUCACGCUCCCAUCGUGAUUUCAGAUGCUGGAAUCUUCAAUACCUACGAACGUCUCCUGCCCAAAGAUGUGCAGACUAUGCCUGCGAUCCAGAAACAGUUGAGUAUGGUGCAGCAUGGAGAUGCUGGUCUCAGUAUUUUCAUUGGUUUGGAUGGGACAAAAGAGGAGUUGGGCCUAAAAGCAGACAAUUAUUUUAUCUUCCCUGAGAACAAUUUGGAUGAACUAUUGGAGGGUUACAUGAAGGGGAACAGGGAAGAAUCUUCUAAAAAGGUCCCUUUGAUUUUUGUGGCCUCAUCUUCUGCCAAAGACUCAACCUGGCCUGAAAGAAGUCCAGGUAAAUCCACCGUGACUGUCGUUAGCUUUGCUAACUAUGCAUGGUUUGAAGAGUGGAAGGAUGAAAAAGUGAAGAACAGAAGCAUAGAUUAUAAGGAGCUGAAGGAGGCGUUCAUCAACAGCAUCUUAGAGGCAGUGACUGAGAUCUAUCCUAAGAUCAAGGACAGGAUUGUAUAUGUGGAUGCAGGCACCCCAAUCACCAAUCAGCAUUACAUUGCUGCUCCUAAAGGAGAGAUCUAUGGCGCUGAUCAUGGUAUUGCUCGCUUCAAUGUUGAACUAAACGCCACCAUCAGACCACAGACGCCCAUUAAAAACCUCUUCCUCACUGGUCAGGAUGUAAUGUUGUGUGGCUUUGCUGGAGCUCUGGCAGGAGCGCUGACAUGUGGUUCUGUUAUCCUGAACCGGAACCUUCACCUGGAUGCCAUUGGUCUCGCCAAGAGAGUCAAGAAUGGCAACAACAAGAAGAAAGACUAAGUAUCAGUAACACAUAAUGUUCAUAAUCAUUCCCAGAAAUACCAGAUAUGGCUCUGGAGAAGAACAAAUGUAGGAUAUGUGUGAUUUAAUAACCACUGCACUGCCUAACAAUAAUGCUCUGUAUUUGAACUUAAUCAUUUUAAAACUCAUUUGUUGGUAAAGUGUUUACCAAGUGCCUUACUGGUUUAAAACUCAACUAUACAGUAAUUCAAAUCUAGUUUUUAAUACACUGAAAAGGGAAAUGAAUCACAUUCAGCUGAUUUAAUUGAAAUUAUUUUACUGUAAGCUGUGAAAUAAUGCAGAGUUUUCCCAUUAACCUUCUUUUUGAAAGGUUUAUUGUGUGAAAAGCGGAAGACAUGCUUGGCACUGUGUAUUGUGGGUGUUUUGUAACUAUGAACUGAAAUCUUAGUUGCACUUAGAUUUGAUUAAUUAUAAUGUGGAUAUAGGCCUGUAGGUCUGUAUAAAGGGUCUACAUGGAUCUUUCUCAAAUUAUAUAUUUGAGACGCUGUCUGAUGUUGUCAUCUGCACCGUUAUCUCUGUGUUUUUCUGACUUUAAGUUGCAGUGAUAUUUCAGACAGGUAUAAAUAUGCCUAUAAAUGUGCUUAUUAAUAUACA